AUGUUCGAUUUUGGCCUCUGCAGACAAAUCAUGUUUCCGGGCAAAGGUGGAAAACUCAAACUUCGCGAACCUAGGAGAAAGGUGUCAUUUCGUGGGACGGUCCGUUACUGCUCGCUGAACGUACAUUUACACAAAGAACAAGGACGACACGAUGAUCUGUGGAGUAUGUUUUACAUGCUAAUUGAAUUGUUGUCCUCAACAUUACCAUGGAAAGGCAUGACAAGGAGAGAUAGCGGCCAUUUGAAAGAAGUUGUCAGUGAUCGAGUGCUACUAGCAGGAUGUCCAGAUUGCUUCAGCCAAAUAAACAACCAUCUGAAGAGCCUUACCUAUUCGGACACUCCAAACUACGACACAUUUAGAACGAAAUUCACCAAGGAACUCAGCAAAUUAAAAAUAAAACCAACAGAUCCAUUCGAAUGGAAUGAGAAAGGAGCCAUGAAGGCAGAUGCACCGAAUGUACGAGAAAACGAGAAAGAUGUUAAAGUUGAAAUCGACAAGAUGGACGAUACAGACACGAGUCGUAUUGUGGACGAGUCUGUCGAGUCGGUGGCAAGCAGUGGCCUAUCGCUCACCACGGAUGUUGCCACUGAGAAUACACUCGAAAUUUUAAACCCUCGAAAGAAGUGA